GUCAUGAUGUAAAUGUUGGAUAUUUAAGUUCAGGGUCGAUUUUUGAGGGGGCUUUUUCAAAACCUACUGGCUCGUUGAGUUGUUUUCGCACGAAUGUCAGAAUUAGUUCAUAGUAAUAAAACAAUCAACAUAGAAAAGCCUCGAUAUGAUCAAUCUACAUACAUCGGUCGAGCCAAACACUUUUUUAUUACAACUAAUCCUUUGAAUAUACUUAAAACGUCUACUGAGUUAGAAGAAGCAAGAACUAUUGUUCAUAAUUAUCGGAAAGGUAUUAUUCAACCUGGUUUAACUGUAGAAAAGCUUUGGCAUGCAAAGAAUGUAUAUGAUUCAGCUUUUCAUCCGGAUACAGGAGAGAAAAUGAUACUAAUUGGACGAAUGUCAUUUCAAGUGCCUGGAAAUAUGUUUAUAACAGGUUGUAUGUUACAAUUCUAUAAGUGA